AUGGACGACAACGGAUGGGAAGCCGUCCGAAUUGCUGACGUGGCUCAGUCGUCUGACUUGAACAUUUUAGCGUGGACGACAGCAUCCAGAAGACCGCCUGAUCUCCUUGCCAAGCUAGACAGCCCGACUCAGCGCUGCGUGAAAGAGUUGGAUGCAGCGAGCAGCUCAAAGGAUACAGACCAACCCUCUCAGGACUUGUAUCGUCGAGCAAUCUGGGCACCCGACGGCUCCUCAAUCCUCGCCAUCACAGAAUCGCAGCAGAAGCACAUCCUCCGAUGCAGCUCAUCCGGUGUGAUCGAGCGGAUGGCUGAGUACAAGAGCCCUUCUCCGAACCUCGAUGCAGUAUGGUAUCCCGUACCGGCUAUUGAGCAGCCAAGCGACCCCGACACCACGCAUACCUCGGCACCAACUCUUCCAACUUGGUGCUUUGCCGAAUCGCAUCGAGACCUACCCAUCCGGCUCACUUGCAGCAACGAUGGUCGCACCCGCACAAGUUACUCGAUCAUGAAUCAUGUUGAAAAGUUCGUUGGUCCUUAUUCGCUAGCGUUCAGCCCGGAUCUUUCACGCCUCUACUGCGGUCUCUAUUCCAGUCUCGCUGUCUUGCCACUCUCCCGACCGGGACUCAACUCGCAUUCGCAUGUGCCACUCAUCUCAAACAAGCGCUCGAUAGGCGGACAACGAGGUAUCAUUUCUGCCCUUGCAACUUCGCCGCAUCCGAGUGAGCCUGGUUCACACGAACUAGUCGCUGUCGGAACCUUGAGUGGCACUGUGGGAGUGUACGACUUGAUUCCUGCAUCCUUCCCGGAGCCCACAGAGCACAUCGCAACCCCCACAGCAACAAGUGAUGGCCAAGAGUCACUAGCACAAAGUUCCCUCCUAGCUGGAUGGAGCGAGAUCGAGGGUGACGGGAUAACACAGCUCAAGUUCCACCCGCUGACACCGUAUGUAUUGUUUGUCGCUUCAAGACGGUCUGAUUACAUCUAUGUAUAUGAUGUACGAUAUCUGAUGGGCGAUACAUCGAGAUGGAUGUUCAAGCCUCUAGCGCGAGCAGCAGCUGGUGUGCGAUCGGCGCAUUUGUUGGCCAAAUUGCCGAGAUACGGUGGUGCAAGUCAUCAGAGAAUGUACUUUGAUGUCGAUUGGGCUGGGCGGUGGCUUGCCUCGGGGGAUGAGAACGGUAAGAUCCAUCUGUGGCGGAUUGAUACUGGUCGGUUCAUGGAUCAAAGCAAAGAUGAAACGAGUGGUGCGGAGGAUGAGCCGCUGGAAUUGAAGCCAGACUUUGAUUGGAAAGCGCAUGAGGAUACUGUUGGCUCAGUGUCGUUUCAUCCGUAUCAGCCUUGGUUGGCUUCUGUUGCUGGUUCGCGACGGUGGCCUCAAGCAGGCGCUGCAAGCGAUAGCGACGAUUCUGACGAGAGCUCGAAGCGAGGCCCAGCAUGGACGACCAAAGAUAGCUCGCUCAACAUCUGGGAUUUUUCUCAUCCUCCAAUCUCUGCUUGCUAA